AUGCACACUGGGUGGUUUCCGCUCGCUCCGUUUGUGGCCAAACAUCUCGCCCCGUCUGCCGAUCGGAACGGCCGGGCCCAGUGCGUGACUCUGCGGGUGGCAGAGCGCGACGAUCUGGGACUACGGUUCAAGCUCAUCGCUGGCUACGACGCCAAUCUGGUGGCGUUCUGCAAGUUUAUCGACGGUCGUACCUACGAAGCUGCAGACAAGUCGUGGUCGUUUCCGCUCCCGGCCUACACCUACGUCGCCGCUUACCUUCGGACCGAGCUCUGUCCAGCCAUCAACGCCGAUUUCGACGAUCUCCUAGUCGCCGCAAAGUCGGCCUACGAAGCCAAGGCUGUUGACUGGUCACGGGUGCCCGAGCCGCUGCGCUCGGUGCUGCUUCCGUUCCAGCGCGACGGUGUCGAGUAUGUUGUCCGCCGUGACGGCCGCGCGCUCAUAGGCGACGAGAUGGGUCUUGGGAAGGGCGGCCGCCCGUCCGACUCUGUCCUAACGCCUUCUGGCUGGCGCAGAUAUGACGCGCUUGCACUCGGCGACAAUGUCAUCGGCUCGUCUGGCGCGCCGGUGGCCGUCACUGGCAUCUUCCAUCGCGGCGUCCUCGACCUUUUCAGAGUUGUAUUUCACGACGGCGGCGCCGUCGUCGUCGACGGUGAUCACCUGUGGGCGCUGGUUGGCCCGGCCCCAAGUGUGGUGUCCACCCGUGAGCUGGCCGCUGCGGUCACCGCCGGGUGUGACCUCGCCAUUCCGGUCCUCUCAGGCCCGGCGCAGUUUACUCCGAGCACCGCCCGCAGCCCGCGUGAUCUGGCGAGAGCGCUCCUGGAUGAGGCAAGCCCAUCGCGUCGCACGUCACACGCCGCGCUGUUUGCCAGCGUGGAGACCCGGACCGCGGUCUUGGGCGCGCUCGGGCUCGCCGGGAGCGGCGCAUCAAUGGCUACGCUGCCGACCGCAGCCGGCGCACGCGCCGCCGCAGACAUCGCACUCUCGCUCGGCCGCCUCGCAGGCAUCCACCCGCCGAUCAAGCCGGACUCUUGUUGGCACGUCUGGGUGGCUCCUGCUACCUGCCGUGCCCGGCCGGUGGCGCGAGUCGAGCGCUGCGGAUCUGGGCCCACCAUCUGUAUCCGGGUUUCUGCUCCCGACGCGCUGUACGUCACCGAGGCCUUUGCCGUCACCCACAACACGCUGCAGGGUAUUGCGGUGGCGAGCUACUACUCGGCUGAGUGGCCUGCACUGGUCAUCGUCCCGCCGUCGCUCAAAGAUGUGUGGGCCGAGGCGCUGAUCAAGUGGCAUCCGCACUUGAACGAGUUCAACGUGACGGUUGUGCGGAAGCGGGGCGAUAGCCUCGGCUCGAGCAGCAACGGCGUGACAGUCAUGUCCUACGACGCCGUCCGCCACAAGAUCGACGAGAUGGCCGUCGCUGCGCCGCGGGUAGUCGUUCUCGACGAGUCGCAGUACAUUAAGAACGCGUCGGCGCAGCGGACCCGGCUCCUGCUCCCGUACCUGACCCGAACCGCGUCGCGGGUCAUCCUGCUGUCAGGCACGCCUGCACUCUCGCGGCCGCGCGAGCUGUUUACCCAGAUCGCGGCCGUGGCGCCGCGGCUCUUUCCGUCGUACGACGCGUUUGCGCAGCGGUACUGCGGUGGUGUACCCAACGCUUGGGGCCAGUACAACGGCGCAUCACACCUCGCCGAGCUGGCCCAAGUCCUCGGCGUCCACGUCCUCGUCCGCAGAGUCAAGAAGGAGGUGCUCGCCGAGCUGCCGGCCAAGCGGCGGCAGCUGGUCCACAUUGUUCCGGCACAGCAGCAGCUGGCAUCACUGCUUCGGGCCCGCGACGGGCUCAAUGCCUCGUCCAGCGCCACCAACCGCGAAGAGCGCGAUGAGGCCAUGACCUUGUUCUACACCGCGACGGCCAUGGCCAAAAUCAAGCCGGUCUCGCGGUUUGUGGCCGACCUUGUCCGCGGCAAUGUCAAGUUUCUCGUCUUUGCCCACCACGCGCUCAUGCUCGACGCGCUCGCCGAGACCAUCUCCUCGCUCGGCGCACGGUACAUCCGGAUCGAUGCAUCGGUCGACGCCGACAAGCGGCUGCCGCUGGUCAAGCUCUUUCAGACUGACCAGAACAUCCAAGUGGCGCUCCUUUCGCUCACAGCCGCCUCGGCUGGGCUCACCCUCACAGCCGCCUCGCACGUGGUCUUUGCCGAGCUCCAUUGGACGCCUGGCAUGCUGCUGCAGGCCGAGGACCGCGUCCACCGCAUCGGGCAAAAGUCGCUCGACGUGUCGAUGUGGUCCUCGCUGGUCGCCAAGCUGUACAACCUGUCCAAGCUCGGCCUCGCCGAUGACGAGCUGUCGUUCUCGAGUUCCGCGCUCCCGCCAGGCUCCGCUCCAGCGCCGGCCCGCGCCCGCGUCGCACCCAGUGAGGCCAUCGCCACCGCCGACACGCCAGCCACCGCUGUCCGCAAGCUCAAGCGGACGCGGAAGAAAGCCAAGACCAGGCGCAUCGGCGACGUUUCAGCCGCCAGGCUUCCGCCGGCGCGCUGCGCCCGUGCGCGCUCGCCCACAAGGCUCUUCGCCGAAGACUUUGAGCUGUCGUCCGACACCGAUGAUGGCCCACCGCCGCCCGCCAAGCCAGCACUUGACGCCGUGCGGGCCAUGUCGAACCACAACCCUGCCCUGCUCGAUGACGAGUUCUACCAGCACCUGCGGUCGCUUGAGGCUGUGUAUGUGCAGCGGCAGAGCGCUGUGCAGGGCGAGUGUGAGCGGCUGCGGCAGCACGCCGAGUCGGUCGAGUCAGAGCUGGCGGCGGCGCGGCGACGGAUCCGGGAGCUGGAAGUGGCCUUUGAGGAGGCACUGAACGAGAACCAGGCGCUGGUUGACUCGCGCAACGCCGCCAUGGACAAGUACAACCAGCUCCGCGGCGCAACCAUGCAUCUGGAGCAGUUCAAGGCCGCCAUCACAAACAUGGUGGCCGACUCGGCGGUCGCGCCGCAGGCCUCCCAACACGCCCCGCGCGCACCACCGGCCGCUGCCGCCGCAGCCUCCGCCGGCAGCCUCCACAACGCAUCUGCCGAUCAUCUCCCGCCGCGGCCGUACCCGGCGGGCGCCGGAUCGUCGUUUAUGUCUGGAUCGUACGCUCCGCACUCGGCGGCGUCGCCCAUGCAGCCCUCGCCGUACGGGCAGCAGGCACACUCCUCGCCGUCACCGGCGCGACAGGACGAAGAGGAAAUUGAUGCUGCUGCCUUUUACCGUAAGGUCAAGGCUGCGGUCUCGCCGGAAGAGUUCAAGACCUUUGCCGCCAACAUCCGCCGGCUCAACAAGGGCGAGCAGUCGAUCGAGGACACACUCGACAGCAUGCGCGGUGUCCUGCGCGACCCGGAGCUCUUUGCCCAGCUCCACACACUCAUCCGACAGGCCGUUCUCGCUGCCGCUCGUGAAGCAUCAUCGGUCGGCGUCUCGCAGAUCUCCAUGGACAGCUCACGCAUCUCAUAGUAGUUCCUUGCCCUGUUUUACGCCUCGGCCGGCUUGGCCAUGUUCACAAACGCG